AUUAUAUUGUCACGGUUCUCGCUUGAUGACGUUUAUUGUGUUUUUCCAAAAUAUCAUUGAGCUAGACCUAAAAAGCGUGAAGUUGGCAAAAAAGCUAAACAAAUAUGGCAGAAUUUCAGGACAGUUUGUCUCUACGAGAAUUAAUUGUAAAAUCUGACACAAACGAGCUAUUUUAUGACGGAAAUCUAGACGGGGAAAGAGGUAUUUGUUGGACUAGAAUCAGUUCCGAUGGGGCUACUUUUAUUUUAGCAGCAACCAACGGAUUUGAUAUAUGGAGGGCGACUUUUGAAAAGCAAGAUUUGAUAGCCCAAUGCGAACUGAGUGAACUGGAGGAUUUGGAAAAGUUUUUGUACAUUAUAAAGUACGCGUUUGAGUGUUUGUCAGUUUCUUUGGUCAAAGUGGGGAAUAAAAUUAUACUUCAGUGUUCCGGGCAAAAAAAUACAUUAAAUUUUGACUUAUUUGAAGCAAAAAUUAAUGACAAAAAAACAGAAUUGCGCUACAUGGUGUUCCAUUUGACGGAUAAAGUAAAGGAAUUAAGAAAGUCAUUAACAGACGCAAAUGAUGCAAUAGAAAUGGGACGUCAAAAGGAGAAGCACGGAUCGGAGACGCAAGGCUUUGGUUUUGAGCCGGUUAGGAAAGGUGGACCCAGCGUGAACUUGAGACGAAAGCAGCAAGGCAGUAGUUUAGUUAAUCCUAACAGUAAGAAAGCGAAAAGAGCAAAGGGCAUUAGUUUUGAAUAACAGUCGUGAUGGAGCCUUGCGGAGCAUCAGAUCGUCAACUUCAGCAAUAUCGACACUUUCAAAAAAAUUUAACCACAAUAUCUCAAUUUUAUUUGUACAAGACUGAUACAUGUAAUCGAAAGAAUUAUUAACAUUAUUUUCUCACUCUGAUAAAGUCGUCUUCUACUGCACAAUAGGUGGUGUGCAAAUAUGUCACCGCCGCCAUGUUGGAUGACAUUGACAAAGAAUUUUUCUUGUUUGCUAUGCAAAUAUCAUCCAACAUGGCGAAAAUCUCUUUGUCGCUUGAAUUCAAUGGGAUUUGUGGCACAUCACCUAUUAUAAAUGCUUAGUAAGGGACGGACCAUUAGACAAUUGAUGGAGGGGGGGGGGGAGGCAAUAUUUACAGGCCUAUCUUCCAAGCUAGGGAAUUUUAAUUUUUUUUUCGUUUUGCCCCUUCAUCAUCACUUUUCUAAUGGCCCGUCCCUAAAUUCUACCUGUAGAUCUGUAGAUAAUUUACAGUGUUGAAAUUCAUAUAAAUACAAAUUCAUAAUAUUGCUGUAUGGUAUGGUCAUUUGACUCAUUUCUAUUGAAGCUCGAAUGGUUGCAGUUAAGAAUAUUGUCUAUUCUCCCAUGGAG